AUGCUCAUCAUAGUUUUCCUCUCUCUCCAUCCUUCAAGCCAGCUACAACAACACACUCAGUCACAAACCCUUCUGAAGAUCCAGCAGCUUCUCAACUACGCAUCAGCCUUAACCAGCUUCAGCCAUAGAAGCAACAUCAGAGACUUCUGCAAAAUUGAACCAACUCCAUCUUUGACUCUAUCCUGUUAUGAAGGCUGUUAG